AUGAUUGAGAUCCGUGGUACAUUGGAUGGUUUUUUCGAGCAUGUUGCCACAACAGGCGAGUUUUCGGACUCUACCGCUGAGCAGCCAACCGCUGAGCAUUGGCUGGUGAUACGAUGUUUGAUUGUUUUGCUUCAGCCGUUUGCAGAGGCCACCGAUGGGCUAGGCGGCCAAAAGAAGCUCAAGAAUACCGAAAUGUUCGAUGCGACCAUUCGCUCUGUUGGCAAAGAAGACUUCGCGGGCCGAGUCAAGUUGCUUAUGGACUCCGUGAGGAAAACGUUCAUUCAACUCUUCACGGAUAGAUUCACAAGUAAGCUUCCUGAAGAGUUACUAUGGAUCUCGGUUCUAGACCCCAGAUGUGCUGAGCUCAUGCACCUAUCGCAGCAGGAAGCGGCCAUCGACAAAACGCGUCUGAAGUCGGCGGCAAUAGCGAUGGCCAAAGAGAUCAGUGCCGACAAUGAUGAUGGCAGUGCUCUCGGUCGCCGUUCUUGCGCAUCGGACCCACAGUCAAGCGCCAGAAAGGAGCAUAUAGCCUGGUUGACGGAUGUUUCCAGUGGCGGUGUUGGAAAUCGCGCAGUGAGAGCCUGA